AAAGAUGGGUCGAUGACUUUUAACAGGGAAAGGAAGACCUUCAUUCAUUACAUUAGCUUUCUUAUUGUUCUUUUUGUUAUUCUUCUUCUUCUUCCCUCAGCCCCUCCAUCAAAGAAAACUCAGAUGUCAGUAAUGCCAAUACUCUCCCCGCUGUCCAUUUCCUUCUUCUGUAUUUGUUAAUUAGAAGAGCACAAGCACAGCAAUUCCGACUUCAUCACUCGUAGCACACGGGAAACAAUUGGAACAAGGUGCGUAGCAGAUCCCAUAGAAAAUCAAUGGAGGUACAUGAUUGACAGUGGAUUCCAUCAGUGGAUUAUAUUCAUUUUGAUACUUAUUUUCGUGGACAGUGAACUUGGCAGCAGAUUUCGCUUGAAGCUAAGGCAUCAAGGUCGGUUUCUCCCACUUUGAGUUUAUUCAUCCCAGCCAGAGGGCAUGGCAGAACCAAUACUCCGAUACAUUGCUGAAAGACUAGUGGACAAGUUAGCUUCCUUUGUUGGGGAUGAACUUUCCUUGGUUUGGGAGGUGAAAGAUGAGCUCCUUAAACUGCAAAAAACUCUUGCAGCCAUCUCAGCAGUCAUUGCGGAUGCCGAGCAGCGACAAUCCCAAGAACAAAGCCUCCGUGUUUGGCUAGAGGACCUCAAAGGCGUGUUAUAUGACUUUGAGAAUGCUCUGGAUGAAUUCGAAUGCCAAGCAUUGCGGAAGCAGGUCAUUAAGCAGGGAAACUUGCGUGGAAAGUUAAGCCACUUCUUUUCCAGCUCCAAUCCGCUUGCGUUCCGUCUAAAGAUGGGCCACAGGAUAAAGGACAUCAAUAAGAGAUUGGAUGAUAUUACGGCUGUGAAGAACGCGUUUAAUCUUAAUCAGCAACCCAACCCUGGUGGCAGUUCUCGUACCAUAUCGAGGGAGACCCAUUCCCACGUGCAUUUGCCGGAAGUUGUGGGAAGAGACAUCGAUCGGGAUGCGAUUGUUGAGUGCUUAAUGGGCCCAAACAUGAUCAAAUAAUUAAUUUCUUGAAAUCAUUAAAUUUGAUCAAAUAAUUCAAAAUUCAAUUAUGAGAAAGUAGAGUUUUUUUUUUUUAAGUUAGAUUAGCCAGAGUACAUAAAGAGGACGUGUCUUACAGGGAGAACAUCAUUACGUGAUGUCAUUCUCUUAUUGAACGAUCGAGUUU